AAGAUUCUCAUCAUGUUCUCUCAGGAAUCCUCGAGUGUGAACAUUUGAAUCUGUAUGACGAUAAAUCGGUACUGACGUUCGCUUUUUAUAGAUCGCCAGUGCAAAUACACGUUUUGUCAGACGGGAUUUGCAGAAUGUAGUAACAAAUCAUGACUCGUAAUGACGCUAUAAAUAAGUCUUACUCUUAUCGGAACGUAAAUGCGUUCACCUUGUUUCUUCCUCGUUAAGAAACUGAGGAUCCCGAACCCGCAAGGGUCAGUCCAAUUCCAUCUGGACGCGUAAUAUGCGAUUCACAACUUGCACAUCUUGAGGAAAGAUGUCCUGCACUAAAGAUCCAGAGGUUCCCGUUAGCAGGAAAAUCACUGUUUGGCCGCAAUGGCUUACUGCUUUUGCAAUGAGUCUAGAAACCAUCGUUUCUGGUAUGGCGAACGGCUGGGCUUCACCGUAUUUAGCGCAAUUAACAUCAGCGGACGCAGACGUUCCCUUGAAACUGACCGACUUCGAGGCAUCUUGGGUCGCGUCCCUUUUAAGCCUUGGUCGUGUAAUCGGGGCGCUUCUCGGUGCUUUUUGUCAAGAGUAUACCGGGCUAAAGAGGGUGCUGCUGUUCUCGAGCUUGCCGUUACUCUCUAGCUGGAUCCUCAACAUCUGCGCCACGUCAGUGACGUGGCUCUACCUUUCCAGAUUCUUCUCCGGAAUCGGAUCGGGUAUCAUGUGGCCCGCGAUAUCCUUGUAUCUCGGCGAGAUCGCCAAUCCUGCUAUCCGAGGCUCCCUGAUAUCCUUGAACGUGAACGUAGCGUCAAUGGGCAUGUUCCUGGGCAAUACGAUGGGCCCUUACAUGUCCAUGGAGAUGUUCGGUUAUGUGAGCCUCGUACCGAAUAUCCUCUUCAUGGUCCUCUUCAGCCUGAUACCUGAGUCACCCUAUCAUUAUGCUCUUCAUGGCAAUAUCGACGAGGCCGAGGCAUCUCUCAAGUGGUUCCGACGAGAGGCUGACGUCAAGGCCGAAAUGCGAGAGCUCCAGGACUUCGUCGACGGCGCCAGCACCAGCGUUUUGACGAAGCUCAAGGACGCCCUGUUACCAGUGAAUCUGAAGAACAUCUUGAUCAUGUUCGGCUUGAAUGUCUUCGUGCAGGCUAGCUCGUUCAGCACAAUAAACGCCUAUGCAGAGAUCAUCGUCAUCAGUACCAAAGCGAACGUCACCCCAUCGAUCGUGGUAAUGGCACUGUGUUUCUCCACGGUUGUUGCUGGCUCCAUCGCUGUCUUGCUGGUGGACAGGUUCGGUCGGAAGAAUCUGCUGAUACUUUCCAGCAUCGGCGUCGCCAUUUCGUUCGCCGCCCUUGGUCUUCACUUCCAUCUUCUCUCACUGAACUUCGAUCCUGAAAUCCUGACAUGGUUACCGAUCACGUCACUGCUGGCCUUUAAUCUAUUCGUGUCUUGUGGCUUGUCCACGGUACCUAGCACCCUUCUGGGUGAGAUGUUCCCGGCGAAUCUCAAGAAUCUGGCGUCUCUAUGCGUUUUCUCGACCAACGCCCUGUUGUCCUUCGCGUUCGUCAAGAGCUACCAGCCCUUCGUCGAUUUGGCCGGAGAAACAAUCGUCUUUUGGAGUUAUGGGCUUUUCGUACUUGGAGCGGUGCCCUACGUGCGGUACUUGAUCCCUGAAACGACGGGCAAAAGUUUACUGGAGAUCCAGCAAGCCAUCAAAAAAUGAAGCGGCGCGAUUUGUCGAAAUUAAAACUAUAAUAAACGAAAAACUUUACAUUGAUCCUGUUGAUCCUGAGAAAAUCUCAAAUUUGUCAACGGAUCUAUAGUUAAAAAACUUAUAGCAAAUUAUGUAAAGCCAAAACUUUAAGAUAGAUCGAAAAUUUAGAUGUAAAAUUAAAUCUUGAUCUGAAAUCCAAAUGUUUAUUCCUUAAAUUAAAAUGUUGAUCUCUGUAAUUUGACAAUAACUUAUUAACGUAAAGUACGUGUGAUAAAAACGCAUGGUUUAUUUAUGUGUAGGCUACAAACUAACUGAUAAUAAAGAAACAUAGCACUUA